ACCGCCCGCCAUUGCCGUUGUCUAGUAGUCACUAGAACUCUUCAAAACCGAUCGCCAUUUCAGGAUUCCUCGGCGUCACCAACCACCAUGCCGAUGGUUCUACUUUCUACAUCCACUUCUGAUCUCUGUUUCUCAUUUCCUGCCAGUUUCCUUAUUCCCCGCCUUGUUCACAAUCGGAGUUGGAUUCAUUUCGCUGCUUCUUGAAAUUCAGGAUCGCUAGAGGGCGCCUGCGCAUGUCCAAGUUGCUGCGGCUUUGACUUUCAAUCUGUCUCUAAGUAACUUGGCUGGUCGGUUUUUACAUGUUUCUGUGUCAGUACAGAGGAUGUUUUUUGUUUGAAGAUGGCGCAGCGGUAUAGAUUUGUCCGAUGCUGGGAAGUUUAGGAAGUGAAAGAACUCUUAUGUACUUGAAGUGUAGUCUGAUUCUAGUCUCUAUUUUGAAUGUUCAUCUUUCUCGCGGUUUUUGGACGUUCAUUUUUUCGAGGACAAAUGUAGUGGGGAUUUUGCUUAGUAAUCAGGAAUCAUCGCGCGUUCAGUAGACACAUGGAUGCUGAAAUUUUAAUUGCUGGGGGUAACUGGAGUGGAUUUUAGCUGGCUUGCACUGGUCUCUAAAGCACUGGUGUGGUGCACACGACUGUUGGGAUAAAACAGGCCUGUAACCUCGUAUUCCAAGGUUGGGAUGGCAGUGUCCAUGAAAGGAAUAGAACAGAAUCCUGUUGUCUACGAUCUUGUGUCUGAAAUGGCUUUUCAACGCAACAAAGCUGAUGUCAAGAUUCUUCAUCUUCUUUCUCCAGAAAUUACACAAACCCCUCGGCCUUCUGAGAUUUCUUUGUAGCAGAGAUUUUCAAAGCCAGAAUCAAUCAAUAUCAAUCAAAUCCAUGGCGGGAAACGGCUCGUACGAUUGGGCGGAUCAGUGGGAUUACAGCGACUCGAAGGACGUAGUCACGGAGACCAAGAAGAAGAGCGGCGGCGGCGGAAACACUACGACUAAGUAUAAACAGAAGGUCGGCGAAGGCCUUGGGAAGACCAAAGCUGUGGCCUCCAAUGGCGUUAAAAAGGUCAAAGAAGGAACCUCUCUCGGCUUCCAAUGGAUCAAAGAUAAAUAUAACAAAACCGCUCAUAAGAAGUAGAAAUCCUUCGUACUCUACUCCUCUCUUGCUCUUUGGUUUUCUUUUUCUUAUCAUCAUCGUCUCCAUAGCUUAUCUCUGAGCUGUAUAUCUUGUUUUUUCUAUUUCUUUGUCUGCUGGUUAUAUAUAGACACAGAUACACCAUAGAUUAUUCUUUUGUUAAUAUGAUUUGAUCUCUGUUCUUCUCU